UAUUGUGGGUGGAUUGACAAACGUGCAAGCACAAUCAUGCCAGCGACCACGGUAGUCAGCACGCGGUACCACCGUGCGGCCCGCGACGGCCUCUUCGACAUGGUCAAGCAGGCGUCCUCCAAAGACGCCAACCAGAAGGACGACCUCGGCAUGACGCCAACCAUGUGGGCAGCUUUUUCUGGACACAGCCAAGUCCUCAGGCUGCUCGUCAGCAAAGGCGGAGCUUUGAACAAAUACGACAUGCUGGGGAACACGCCGCUGCACUUGGCGGCCGCGAACGCCAACACCAAGUGCGUGGCGUUCAUCUGCGCGAUGGGCGCCGACGUGUGGUCGUUGAACAUCGACCGACGCACACCCCGGGACAUGGCGGCCGCGCACCCCAAGGGCGAGUCGUCCCUGCGGCUGCUGGACGCGACGAUGGCCCGCGAGCUGGCGCUGGACCCGAAGCGCUGCGAGCACAAGCGGCAGCGGGCCAAGGAGCGCUCCGAGAAGAAGCUUCUCGCCUUCCAGCGCAUCACGGACGAGGUGAAGCGACAGCAGCUCGAGGAGCGGCGCAGUCUGCUCGAGCGCAGCGCCCACUCGGCCUUCGACGACGCGACGUCGCUGCACUCGUCCAGCGUCUCCACCAGCAACUCGUCCCUGUGGGCGGCCGUGCGCAACGCGGGCAACUCCAACAAGCGGCGGGCGUCGGCCGAGUCCAACGUGUCCUCCGUGGCCAGGAGCUUCAACUUCGGCGUCGGCUCCGUCGGCACCGACGGCAGCAGGACCAUCAGACCCAUUUCUGGCCUCGCCCCCAGCACGGAGGUGCUCUUCUCUGGACUCCUCGGUUCGAGACGUGCCUCUGCGCAGAGCACAGGUUCAUCCAUGACAACAGACUCAGUGACAGACGCCUUCGAACUUGCUCAGAGAAACCAAAUUGGAAUGGUCAGCGUGAUUGCCUCGGAUUCAGACACCGAAACCGACGAGGAAGUCAUCCACCCUGAACGCAGACGGUCCAGCCUGUUCAACAGGCCGGGCUUCGGCACCGUCGCAUUCCGACACUCCUUAACCGGCAUGGAGAGUGCAGACUCCAACUGGGCUUUCAAGAUCCCCGUUGGUGACGUAACCGACUCUGCGGGUAAAGACGAGUCAUCCACCACUGAUAGCCAGUUCGACUACGACGAGGAGAAAUCGCCCCUGGUGUCCUUCCUGGUGGCUUGGGGCCUGGGCCACUUGGCUCCCCUGCUCGCACCCACGUUCAAGGACGACCUGGAAGCCCUCCUCCUGGCCAACGAAGACGACCUGCAGAUCGCCGGCCUGGUGACGGGGCCGCGCAAGAAGCUGCUCAGGGCGAUCGCCCUUCGCAACGAGGAAAUCGAAGAACGGUCGGUUCCUGUAGACACCCGUUUAUGACCUGUGCUUGUGUUUAGUUUAGUUUUAGUUCAGUACCUUUACCUUUACUCUUUAGUUGUUGUUAAGUUUUGUAUUACGCGGCAGCACAUUCUGAUAAAUAAAGAAUAUCAUUCAACUAUAACAAAGUGA